CUCACCGCCCGCCAGCUUACACCUCGCCGCCCCGCGCAGCCACCGCACACCAUGGAUCUCACCAAAUUCGUCGUCGAGCGCCGCGAGGCCGCCUUCCUGCUGGGCGACUAUGCGUCGUACCGCGCCCAGCUGACCCGCCGCCUGCGCAUUGUGCAGAAGAAGCUGGGCCGCGCGACCCCCAAGAAUGCCAGAUACGCCGCAAAGGCCGCCGUGACGCCCGCCGACGUCGCGGCCAACAUCGAGUUCCUGCAUCUCCUGCUGCUCGCCGCCGAGCGCGCAUGGGCGCACGCAAUGGCCAUGAAGGCGCUGCACUCCGAGGACAACGCCGCCCAGCGCAUCACCGGCUCGACCCGCCGCCACAUCCUCUCGCGCCUGCACAAGGCCGUGCAGGCCGCGCGGGAGAUUGUCGUGCUGCUGGCCGACCCCGCGAGCGGCGCCUCGCCGACGGACGCCCUGGAGGCGCGGGCCUACGAGUUCGCCCUGGCCGGCGCGCUGGAGUUUGAGAAGCAGGCCGAGGGCAUCAAGACGGGCGCGCCCCCGCAGCGCUGGGACGCCUGUCUGGCCAGCUUCGCCGCCGCCCGCGUGCUGUACAGCGCCCUGCACCGCGCCACGCGCCAGGACCUGUUCAAGGACGUCCUGUCCGCCACCGUCGACCCCAGCAUCCGCUACGCCGCCUACCAGAACCGCAUCCCGCGCACCGUCGGCGUGCCCGCCGUCGCCCUCAAGUACUUCCCCAAGGACGCUGAGCUGGCCGCCGCCGUGCAGAAGAUCGACCCCGCCGCCCUGCAGGAGGACGCCGCCACGGCAUCGACCUCGCAAAUCACCUGGCGCGGCCGCACCGCUAACAUCGUCGACGCCGCUAUCGGCGCUGCCCUCGCCGCGACCGACGCCGCCGCCCGCUCCCUCCAGUCCACCGCGUCGUCGACCCCCAAAGACCGCGCCGCCGCCUACGACGCCGUGCUCACCGCCUCCCAGGACGCCGUCGACGCCACCCGCCGCGCCAUCGACGAGCUCGAGAAAGAAAGCGUCCCCGAAGCCGACCCGCGCAUGCAGGACCUCCGCGUCACCAGCCUCGCCACCUCGUACGCCCUCAUCUCGUGGCGCAUCGGCCGCAACCGCGUGCUCAUCAGCGCCGCCGACGGCCUGACCUUUGCCUCCGCGUCCCGGCCCCGCAAACACGCCGCGCCCGAUGCUGCCCCGCGCCCUGAGCCCCCCGGCCGCACCCUCGCCCGCCUGCGCGAGCGCACCGCGCUGUAUGAUGCGAUUACCCAGAGCAUCGACGCCAUCGCCGCGCUGCCUGGUGCUGCCCGCGACGCCUCCUUCACCGCCGAGCUGGCCGCCCAGCGCGCCUACUUCUCCGCGCUCAAGUGCGUGAACCUCGCCCGCGCACACGCGCUGCUGGCCAACCCGACCGCCGCGCUCGCCCUGUGCAGCCGCGCCCUGGCCCUCGCGCCGGCUAUCACUACCGACGCCGAUGCCGAUACCGACGCCGACGCGGCGCCCUCACUCGCCGUCUCCGCCCAGCAAGCUGCGACGCUGAAAACCACGCUCACCCACCUAACCGCACACUACCGCGGCGUCGUCGCCCUGGGCCAGCUCACCGCCGCGACCCCGGCGUCCGCCAAGUCCGCGCCCACGGCCCCGGUCGUCGAGCGCCUCAACGCGUUCCCCCCUCCCGCCGCCGCGGGUGCUGACGCCGCGCUGCAGAAUCUGGUUACCUGGCCGCCGGCGCUGAGGGCGGUGCCGGUGAAACCGCUGUUUUUGGAUGUGGCGUGGAAUUAUGUUGGGUAUCCUGGGAGGCAGACGCAGACGCAGGUGGAGGAGACGAGGGGUGGGGCUGGGGAGGGAGAUGGAGGGGAGAAAGAAGGGGAGAAGGAAGAGAAGGAGAAGGAGGAGAGGCCUAAGGUUAAGAAGGGCUGGUUUAGCUUUGGGCGGUAGAUGCAGAUGCGAAUGCAGCGGGAUCGAGAGCUUGAGAAGAGCUUGAGAAGAGCUUGAGAUGUAUCGUAGGAUGUGGUGCGUUGUGCGUAUGGCUUCCGGUGCUGCUCCAACGUGCCAUGCUAUGCUAUGCUAUGCUGUACUGUGCUGUGCACACGUCUUCCAACAUUGCGCUUUGCGAUUCUCGUCUGUCCCACACC